CGGUUUGUUUUGCUCGUUGAGUUCCGCGCCAGCUUCAAAGGCCUCAAAACUGAAAACACACUCCAACACACACUUCGCCGAUUCAUUUCUCAUUUGCUUAGCCAACAAAAAAAAAAAAACACAAAACGAUGGCUGAGAUUUUCAAUUUCAGGCGCCCCUCAUUUUCUCUCGCAGUAAUUCUCUUUGCCCUAACCCUAAUUUCAAACUCCAUUUCCACUCUCUCAUUUCAAACCCUAACAAAUAACCCUAACUUCGAUUCCAAAACUGCCCUCUUCGGCGACGCCGAGCUCGCCGACGAUGGCUCCUACGUGAGGCUCACGCGCCCCUCGAUCUCGAGCUCGGGAAUGGUAAUGCACGCGGAUCCUCUCGUGUUCGCCGAUCCGACGACGUCGUUUUCGUCGGAGUUCUCCUUCUCGAUCUCUCCCGGCGACGGUGACGGGCUCGUUCUCGCUUUGGUUCCGAGUGGAGGCUCGUUCGUGCUUUCCGAUGCGACGCGGUUUCUCGGGGUUGAAUUCGAUACCAGGAUGGACGUUAAUGUAGGUGAUUUGAAUGCCAAUCAUGUGGGAAUCAACGUGAACGAUUUUGAAUCUGUUAGUGUUAGCAAUGUUACGGCUUUGAAUUUGGUGCUCAACAGUGGAGAAAGGUUGAAAUCGUGGAUCGAUUACGAAGCGAGUUCGAAGAGAAUUGAAGUUAGGUUAGGUAAAUUCGAAGAUCCGAGGCCUAACAAUCCUGUACUCGCGUACGCGAUCGAUUUGGCCAAAAUGUGGGGAGCUGAGGAGGUCCGCGUAGGGAUAACUUCGUUUAAUUCGAAUUCCACGCAGAGCUGUAGUGUGUAUUCAUGGAGUUUUAGGGUUCGGAAGGUUCGGAAUUCGAUGCAUUCUAUGCCGGUGGAUCCGCGGAACGUUGGGAAAGAGCAUGGUGAGAGUGUCAGGACGGAGAAGAGGGGUUUUUGUCUGUUGAGGAUGAUCGGCCAGCUGAUUUUCGCGACGGCGUGUGCGGCAUUGGUGGCGUUUAUGGUGAUUUUUAUGUGGAUGAUCUUCGGCAAUGUGCGUAGCGGCAGCCCGGUGUUCACGGCCAAGUCUGCGGUGUACCCUGGCGAUUUCAGGUACGAGAAAUUUGAUGUUGUUGUUGUUGAGAAAGAUGGUGAUGAUUUGAAGAAGUAAGGACUAAGGCAUGGAAAUGUAUGACUAUUAUGAAUGUUGGUUUGCUUUGUGUGUAUUUUGUUGUGUUUGUUAGGAAGUAGUAAUGGUAAUGAUGUAUUUUGUAGUUUUGUACUAUGUAAGACUAAGAUAUGUUGUACAAUGUUGAUGGGUAGGAAUCUUAUCUAACAAUGUAGCUUUGAUGGAA